AUUUCCAGUAUCUUUUUCCUUCUCUUUUUCUUGUCUCAAACCCUAAUUCUAUCGAUUCUGUUUUUUGGGCCUCGAAAUACCUAUCUUUCUAUUGUCUCCUUCCCGACUUUAAUCGCGAUCCUUCCAUCCAUCACGCAGUCGUCUGUUUCUCUCCACCGGAAUAGAUUGCUUUCGAGGAAAUGUCUCCAGCAUCAAAAUCCAAGUCCAAGGACAAAAGGGCUGGCAAGGAACCCCAGAAAGCUUCAUCGAAGCCUUCUGGGCCUACUAAUGCAGGUAGUUGUAUACCAGCUAGUGCAUACAAUCCACUUUCUGGAACAUUUCAUGCACUGGAAACAGUACCAACAUCCUCUCCUUCACCUCUGCAUGCUAAUGGUCGUUACCAGAACAUAGAUGAGACAGAUGAUCACUUUGGUGGUUCACUUGGAGCUGGGGUUGAGUAUGAUUCUGUUUCAAAUAAUGGCAGCUGGUCUGGUGAGUCAGAAGAUCAUAAAGAGAAGAAUCCUACUGUUCAGCAGGAAACAAUCCCAGGGGCUGACAAUGACAAGAGGGAAAAAAUCCGUCAAAAGAAUGAGAGGAAGCAUCAGCGUCAAAAAGAGAGGCGAGCCCAGGAAUUGCAUGAGCGGUGCAGUGGCUAUCUAAUGUCAAGAAAGCUAGAAGCACUUGCUCAACAGCUUGUUGCAAUGGGAUUUUCACAUGAGCGGGCUACAAUGGCGCUAAUAUUAAAUGAAGGAAAAGUAGAAGAAUCUGUUUCUUGGCUAUUUGAAGAGGGUGAAGAUGCGGAUAAGCACCGGGAUCAAAACCUUGGUGGGAGUAAUUUGAAAAUUGACAUAUCAGAAGAGCUUGCUAGAAUGGCCCAGAUGGAAAUAAGAUACAAGUGCAGCAAGCAGGAGGUUGAAAGAGCUGUGGUUGCUUCUGAAGGUGAUCUUGACACGGCAGCAGAAAGUUUAAGAGAACUGAAGCUAGAUCCACCUGCUGCUCCCCCUAAGCCAGAAGAAACUGGUGAUCCUCCAACAGUCAGUAAUGGUAAACUUUCAGUUGCAGUUAGCCAGAAUAUGGUGAGACAACAACAACAGAAAUCCAAUGCACCUUCUAUGAUACAACAAAAAAGAGAUGACAAAGAUUUUAAUUACACAAAGACAGUGGUUCCCGUAGCAGGAUCUCCAGAGUCUGGGAGUAAAAAUCUGCAGCCUUUAAAGAGAAUACAACCAAAGUUGGAGUGGGCAAAACCUCAGCAAAGUGCAGUGCCUGCUGAGAAAAGGUGGCCAAGUGUGGGAGCAAGUCCUACUGUUUCUUAUUCUUUGGCAUCACCUUUGCAGGUCUCACCUCCUCCAGCCAAGACAGAAGCACGUUUUGUGGCUGUUGGAAGUGAAUAUAAGAAUCUUCACCCUGCAACAGUUAGGGAACCAGUCAUCAUGAUGCAAAGACCUCAAUCUGUGAAUGCAAAGCAGGUUCCAGCUACAAGCAUAAGUUCUUCUUCUCCUGGAACUGCUGCCAGUUGGCAUCCUACUAAUGGUGUCGAUGUUGUGAAGUCCACUUGCUUGAUGCCAAAUAUUCCCACCACAAGAAGCCUCAGUCCGAACAAUCUGAAUUCUAAUCAGAUGUUCCAUCAACUUCAUUAUCAGCAACAGCAACACUUCGUUCCAGGCAGUAGCCCUGGGGAUUCUCCUGGAACCAGCAGAGGAAAUGGCUUAUGGAGCAGAACAGGUGCAUCACCUACACUUGCUGCUGCUUCAUCUCUUGGACUCUUCUCCGGGUUGGGUGGCUCAGCUGGUUCAUCAGGUGCCUCUUCUCCAGUUGACUGGAGCACUGCUGGCUCUAUGGCUCAGUUAGAUUACACCAGCAUAGACUGGAGUGUGGAUCGAAGUUUGUCCUUGCCAAGGCCUAGUGGAUUGUGUUUGGCGCCAGGUUCUUUAAAAAAUGGCACCCAAAUAUAUGAUUCAAGUACCACUUGCUUGGGUGCUAAGUUGGCAAUGAGAACAGCUGCAAGUGGGAAUGAUGUAUGCAUUCCAGGAUUGCAGGACGUUGGAGUGGUCAAUCCAGAAACAUCUGCAGCUAAUUCUCAUGAAUGGACAUCUCCAUUUGAAGGGAAUGAUCUCUUUAGUUUACCCAGGCAGUUUGUUUCGUCUCCUUCACUGUAGAGUUGGAGGGGGGUGGGGGCGCGCGCAUGAUUUCAAUGAAUAAAAUGAAAAAAGAAAAAGACCUGGAAAAUAUGUUGAAUUUGAUGUUGGUGUUGGUUCUUGUCAUACUUUUGCGUUGAUUGUUGGUGAAUGUGCUUAUAGUUGAAAAAAAAAGCAUCCAAGAGUCCUCUAUUGUUCUCCCUUGUGUAACAUUUAAGUAUCAUUGGGACAAGGCUGGGGCUGGUCUGAUUUGGUUAGAGGAAGUAAUUGAGAAAAGGAUGGAUAAAAAAUUA